AGGUCUUCCAAAUUGAGAAUUUCUCGAUCGCCAUCCAACUAACCGCCCAAACACCACAGCCAAGAUGACGAAGGGUACCUCCAGCUUCGGUAAGCGUCACAACAAGACGCACACCCUGUGCCGACGAUGCGGUCGCCGCUCUCUCCACAUCCAGAAGCAUGAGUGCUCUUCUUGCGGUUACCCUUCUGCCAAGAUCCGCAAGUACAACUGGUCCGAGAAGGCUAAGCGAAGAAAGACCGUCGGUACCGGCCGCACUCGCUACCUCAAGGAUGUGUCCCGACGAUUCAAGAACGGUUUCCAGACUGGCACACCCAAGGGCGCUCGUGGCCUUACUGCCGAGAAGGCCUAAAUGGGACCGCAUCCCUUCUGACCCCCUCCACCACCUCUCCGGCCCUACCCCUCUUCUAUCACGGACGUUCGAAACACCCAUUCCCUCGAGCACGCACACAUCAACAAUGACGGCUCUCUCAUAGCGUGAGCUGAGACCGUAGGGGAAUAUGGUUGGAACUGGAGCAAGGCGGUGACUGGGACGGGCGGCUGUGUUUGUUGGUUCGUGGAUGAAGGACCUCUAAAGGGGUGGCUUGGAGCAUGGGCACGGUGUUUUACAUGUUUGAGCAAGGAAGUAAAAAAAAGAACCCCUUUGCUCUUCAGAGAUUCCAUAGGGUUUCGGUUACGAGGUUCUGAAAUGGCAUCUUGAUUCUGCAUGAACAUACCUAUAUCUCUUGGACAGGACAUAUGUGAGAAAAGGCCUGGGCACGCGUCCUGGCAGUUGACGCAUUUGUGCAUGAUACCCUUGGAAAUUGAAUCGAACUCAAUUCAGCGGUAAGGCUAUUAGUUGCUGUGAUCAAGCUUGAUCUUUGUAUCAUAUUCAUGAUUCUUAUGUUAUUCGU